AGCGCCGCCCGCUCGUCCGCCCGCCCGCGCCGAGAGCUGAGCCCCGCCGCCGCUCCGAGCUCGCAUUCGGAUCCGCUAGAGCAGGAAGAUGGCGACGGACGGCGCGAGCUGCGAGCCCGACUUGUCCCGCGGCCCGGACGACCCGGCGGGGGCCACGGCGGAGGCCGCGAAAAAAGAGUUUGAUGUGGAUAACCUCAGCAAAUCGGAACUUCGCAUGCUCCUCAGUGUGAUGGAAGGAGAACUAGAAGCCAGAGACUUGGUCAUUGAGGCCCUGCGGGCUCGCAGGAAGGAGGUGUUUAUCCAGGAACGGUAUGGGAGAUUUAAUCUAAACGACCCCUUCCUGGCACUGCAGAGAGACUAUGAAGCAGGUGCUGGUGACAAAGAGAAGCCAGUCUGCACCAACCCACUCUCCAUCCUUGAAGCUGUCAUGGCCCACUGCAGAAAAAUGCAAGAAAGGAUGUCCACCCAGCUGGCUGCUGCUGAGAGCAGGCAGAAAAAGUUGGAGAUGGAAAAGCUUCAGCUCCAGGCCCUUGAACAAGAGCACAAGAAGCUGGCUGCCCACCUGGAGGAGGAGAGGGGCAAGAACAAGCAUGUGGUCCUGAUGCUGGUGAAGGAGUGUAAGCAGCUCUCGGGCAAAGUGGUGGAGGAGGCCCAGAAGCUGGAGGAAGUCAUGGUGAAACUGGAGGAGGAAAAGAAAAGGACGAGUGAGUUAGAAGACCAGCUCUCCGCAGAGAAACAAAGGAGCUCCGGAUUGGAAGCUCAGCUGGAGAAGCAGCUCUCCGAGUUCGAUACAGAACGGGAGCAGCUGCGUGCCAAGCUCAGCCGAGAGGAGGCACACACCACUGACCUCAGAGAGGAGGUAGACAAGAUGAAGAAGAUGAUGGAGCAAAUGAAAAAGGGGAAUGACAGCAAGCCAGGCCUCUCCCUCCCGCGGAAGACAAAAGAUAGGCGCCUGGCUUCUGUAUCUGUGGCGACAGAGGGGCCGGUGACAAAGCCUGUUGCUUGCCAGACAGAUGCAGUGACAGAGAGCACUGACCCUGUGAAGAAGUUGCCUUUGACUGUACCCAUAAAGCCUUCCACAGGGAGCCCCCAAGUUCCCGCGAACACAAAAGGGAAUGUGGGCCCAGGUGCCCUACUGAUUAGACCAGGUAUUGACAGGCAGGCUUCCCACAGUGACUUGGGUGCCGCUCUACCUACUACCGCCCUGCCGGCAAGUGCAAAUAGAAUCGAGGAAAAUGGACCAAGCACCGGCACCGUCCCAGAUCUACCAAAUAGCACACCCACAACCCCCAGUGGCUCUACCCCUGCCACUGCCCAGACACCAGGCACAGCUCCUCAGAACCUCUCGCAGGCUCCCCCUGUGCAGAGUUUACAUUCACCGUGUGCCAACACACCUUUGCAUCCGGGUCUCAACCCACGAAUCCAAGCAGCCAGAUUUAGAUUUCAGGGCAAUGCAAAUGACCCAGACCAGAAUGGAAACACCACCCAAAGUCCUCCCUCGAGAGAUGUCUCUCCUACAAGUCGUGACAACCUAGUGGCCAAGCAGCUAGCCCGGAAUACUGUGACCCAGGCGCUGUCAAGAUUCACCAGCCCUCAAGCAGGUGCUUCUCCAAGGCUGGGAACAUCUCCAGGAGGGGAUGCUGGCACCUGCCCUCCAGCCAGUCGAACGGGUUUAAAGACUCCUGGGGCAGCACGAGUUGACAGAGGAAAUCCUCCUCCUAUCCCUCCCAAAAAGCCAGGGCUCUCCCAAACUCCUUCUCCGCCACACCCCCAGCUGAGGGCCUCCAAUGCAGGGGCCAAAGUUGAUAACAAAAUUGUGGCUUCACCUCCCUCCACUUUGCCACAAGGGACCAAGGUAGUAAAUGAGGAGAACGCCCCUAAGUCAUCCUCCCCUCAGCUGCCACCAAAACCAUCCAUUGAUUUAACUGUGGCACCUGCGGGCUGUCCCGUCUCGGCCCUGGCUGCGUCUCAGGUGGGUGCCUGGCCUGCGGAAACCCCUGGACUGAACCAACCUGCAUGUUCAGACAGCUCCCUUGACAUUCCCACCACCAUUGCCCUUUGCUCUUCCAUAAACCCUGUUAGUGCCUCAUCCCAUAGCCCCGGUGCCUCAGACAGCCUCCUGGUAACAGCAUCAGGCUGGUCACCCUCCCUAACCCCUUUGCUAAUGAGUGGUGGUCCUGCCCCCCUGGCUGGCAGGCCCACCCUUCUUCAGCAAGCUGCUGCCCAGGGGAAUGUCACUUUAUUAUCAAUGCUGCUUAAUGAAGAAGGACUGGACAUAAAUUACUCCCGUGAAGACGGCCAUUCUGCCUUGUAUUCUGCUGCUAAGAAUGGACAUACAGACUGUGUGCGAUUGCUGCUGAAUGCAGAAGCCAGAGUCGAUGCUGCUGAUAAAAAUGGCUUCACACCCUUGUGCGCCGCAGCUGCUCAGGGACAUUUUGAAUGUAUAGAAUUACUAACUGCAUACGAUGCCAACAUUAAUCAUGCUGCUGCUGGAGGACAGACACCUCUGUACCUGGCCUGUAAAAAUGGAAAUAAAGACUGUAUCAAACUCCUGCUGGAAGCUGGCACUGACCGGAGUAUACAAACUAGAGAUGGCUGGACACCAAUUCACGCAGCUGUGGACACUGGUAAUGUGGACAGCCUCAAGCUCCUAAUGUACCAUAGAGUGCCAGCUCCUGGAAACUCUUUGAGUGCAGAAGAGCCCAAGUCAGGCUUGUUCACCUUGAAUGGAGAAGAGAGCCCUACAGGUACAUCCAAGCCAGUGGUUCCUGCAGAACUCAUUAACCACGCUGACAAAGAAGGCUGGACUGCUGCACAUAUCGCUGCCUCCAAAGGCUUCAAGAAUUGCCUAGAAAUCUUGUGUAGGCAUGGAGGGCUGGAGCCGGAGAGGAGAGACAAGUGCAAUCGGACUGUGCAUGAUGUUGCCACUGAUGACUGCAAGCAUUUGCUGGAGAAUCUGAAUGCUCUUAAAAUACCCUUAAGGAUUUCCGUGGGUGAAAUUCCACCAAGCAACAAUUGUUCCGACGACUUUGAAUGUGAACACACAAUAUGUGUUUUAAAUAUCCGCAAACAGACAUCAUGGGAUGAUUUUUCAAAAGCAGUGAGUCAAGCUCUGACAAAUCAUUUCCAAGCCAUCUCUUCUGAUGGAUGGUGGAGUCUGGAAGAUGGGACAUUUAAUAACGUUACCGACUCCUGCAUCGGUCUCGGCACCAGCAAUAUACAAUCCAUCAUGCUAGGAACUAUGCCAUGGUCAGCUGGCCAGAGCUUCCCCCAGUCCCCGUGGGACUUCAUGAAGAAGAAGAAGGUAGAUCAGGUCACCGUGCUUUUGUCAGGUCCUCAAGAAGGCUGUCUCAGUAGUGUGACUUAUGCAUCCAUGAUCCCACUCCAGAUGCUGCAGAACUACCUCAGACUGGUUGAGCAAUACCAUAAUGUCAUUUUCCAUGGCCCAGAUGGAAGCUUGCAAGACUAUAUAGCACACCAGCUUGCCCUCUGCAUGAAGCACAGACAGAUGGCUGCAGGAUUCCCCUGCGAAAUAGUGAGAGCUGAGGUGGAUACAGGUUUCUCCAAGGAGCAGCUAGUAGACAUGUUCAUCAGUAGCGCUUGUCUGAUCCCAGUGAAACAGUCCCCUAUUAAGAAGAAAAUAAUCGUCAUCUUAGAAAACUUGGAAAAGUCUUCACUGUCUGAGUUACUGGGGGACUUUUUGGCACCUUUGGAAAAUCGCAGCACUGAAAGCCCGUGCACUUUCCAAAAAGGAAAUGGAACGUCCGAAUGCUAUUACUUCCACGAGAACUGCUUUCUGGUGGGAACCAUUGCCAAGGCAUGUCUCCAGGGUUCUGACCUGCUGGUGCAGCAGCACUUCCGCUGGGUUCAGCUGCGGUGGGAUUGCGAGCCCAUUCAGGGACUGCUGCAGAGGUUCUUGAGAAGGAAAGUAGUAAACAAGUUCAGGGGUCAGCCGCCCUCGCCUUGUGAUCCUGUGUGUAAGAUCGUGGGCUGGGCUCUGUCUGUCUGGAGGCAGCUCAACUCCUGCCUGUCCCGCUUGGGUACACCAGAAGCACUUCUUGGACCCAAGUAUUUCCUGUCUUGUCCAGUAGUUCCAGGACACGCCCAAGCAACAGUGAAGUGGAUGUCUAAGCUGUGGAAUGCCGUCAUCGCUCCCAGAGUUCAAGAAGCAAUAUUGUCAAGAGCCUCCAUGAACAGACAGCCUGGUGUUGGGCAGACAGCUUCGAAGAAGCACCCUAGCCAAGGACAGCAGGCUGUGGUGAAGGCUGCUCUCAGCAUCCUGCUCAAUAAAGCCGUUCUGCAUGGCUGUCCCCUUCCCAGGGCAGAGCUAGACCAGCAUAUAGCAGACUUCAAAGGGGGAAGUUUUCCUUUGUCCAUAGUUUCAAGCUACAGCAAGAAGAAAGGAGACAGUGGGGCCUGGAGAAAGGUGAACACCAGUCCUCGCAAGAAGCCUGGCCACUUUUCCUCACCCACGUGGAGCAAGCCAGACCGAAAGCAAGAAGGUCUGAAAAAUAAGACUAUACCACAUUUGAAUUGUAGCAGGAACACCUCACUGUCAAAGCAACAGCCCUUAGAGAACGAUCUCUCACUGACAUUGACUUUGGACCACAGACUCUCUUUGGGUUCAGAUGAUGAAGCAGAUCUUGUCAAAGAACUCCAGAGUAUGUGCUCCAGCAAAUCUGAGUCUGAUAUAAGCAAGAUUGCUGACUCCGGGGAUGAUUUAAGGAAGUUUGAUAGUUCAAGAACCAACCCUGGAUCUUCAGCGCCUGUGGAGCUGAGAAUGCCAGUGCCACAGAAGCAUCAACAUGGAGACACUCCUCUGUUGUGUCUGUGAGGGUGUUCUAGGAGGUUUAUCUGUGUGAAGACACACAUAGGAGGGGAUAAUUACCAUCCAGCAGACUGAGGAUCUGGCCUGAAUAAAAUAUAGAGGGUGAGUACAGAACUAUAUUCACCUCUCUCUACAUCCUGACCCUACAUCUCUUCAACUCAGGGUCUCAUUGGGCGCCACCAAUAAUGCAAACCACAAAGGUGUGUAUGGUUAUACACACACACCAGUUUAUUAAGGGGGGUGGUUAGGGGCAGCAGACUCAGAGAUACAGGACAAGAUAUAUCCUGCUGCAGUCCUUCUGCUUUUCCCAAGGAAGCUGGGAAAUGACCACAUGUCACUUGAUACUGCCUGACCCAGUCUUCACAACCCAAAAUAGUGCCAUGGCCUCUGUCUCUCUCUACUCUUAAGCAGUCACUUAUCCACAAACCAGAAGCCACUCCCUAAGCCUGGUACCCAAAGGCUAUUGGUGGAAUGAGAUCCCACAACAAAUUUGCUUGGAAUUUAUCCUAGCAAUGCACCUUACUAGGACAAUGAUUAAGAGCCCCAUGAAGUUAUUGUGUCUUUACUGUGAUCUUACAGUCAUGUCUCAGCACAUGAUUCUCACCAUCCAAUACCCAAGCUGAGCUGUAUUAGUUCUUUUUUUCAUAACUCUGACCAAAUCUCUAACCAGAAUAAUGAAAGGGAGGAAAUUAUUUGUCUCAUGGCUUGAGUGGUUUUAGUUCAAGUUCACUUAAGCAGAGCAUCAUGUUUGGGGAAGUGUGUGGCUAAGGAGAAAUAUUUACUUCCUUUGUAAACAGGAAGGAAAGAUGGAAACAGAAGGUUGCCAAAGACAAGAAACUCUAAGGAUUCACUCCUAAUUACCUAAGUUUUGCUGCCCAAAUCCUACAUCUUGAAGUUCCUAUGAGUUUCCCAAACAGUACAUAACCAAGCAUUAAACUCAUAAGCUUAUGGAAAGAUGCCUCAUAUUAAAACAAUAAUAUAAAUUCUUAUAUCAGCAUUAACAGUUUUUCAAAGAAAACCAACCAUGCUAAAAAAAUGGUGGUUGUCUUCCGUUUUCUGUUGUACUGUUAGCAUAUCAUUAGCUGCACGAGAGCACAGAUUGGAGUGUGUGUGUGACCAUUCUUCUUCCCAGGCCAUUAGUCCUAAAACAACAUAAUGCAAAUGUUUAAUGAUCUCCUAAAGAGCAACUAUGUCUGAAAUAAAUCUUUCUUUCCCAGGCCACAUGCAGCCUAGCCUUCUUUCCCCUAAAGAUUCAUAUGCUUUAGACCUCAUAGGGCUCCCUCGCUGCUUUUCAUUCAUUAGCAAAGUGUUGAAAGCUCCAGACAAAGGUAUGUCAGAGCUUUCAACAGUUAGCUGUCUCUGAAAUUCUGGCACAAGUAGAUUUCACUUCAGUGAUUUAGAAGUGGUUCUGGUCAUAUAGGGGGAAUUAUUAGGACUGUGUAAUAGAGCCAAAAUGGUAGGAAAGGGAGAUUAGAGAUGGACUCAAGAAAGGGCCUUUAGUGACAUACCUAAGAAUUUAAUCAGUCGCCCCCCACACACACACAGGACACACAUGUUUUUUCUCCACCAACACUGCCAUAAUAAUUAUUUACUGAUUUUGCAGGAAACCUUGCAUUAGGUAGAAGACAGAAAAGCAGAUACAAAAAAAUAACUGAUAACUGACUCCUACCCAGCUUAAAGAACAGUAUGGAUCUGUUGUAGGAGAAACCUUAGAAAGAUUAAAUUAAAAAUGAAGAUUAAAGAGCAAGGUUAGUUAUAUUGACUUGUUGUGUGGAAAUGCAGUCCUCAAAGCAUAGGUGGGAGCUAACUAAUUAGCGACAAUGCAAACAGAAUGGGCAGUAAGAAGGGAUCACCAACUGUGUGAACAGAGAAGGCUCAGCUCAGUGCCACCACUGAGUAGCUCAAUGCAGAAAAAGGAUCUUGAAGAGUUGAUGUGUUUAACUUUGAAUGCACUUUACGCAUGUAGGGGAUGUUUCAAAGCCAUGUACCAUGCCCCACCCAAGUCAAAUCAAAUCUGACUUUUGGGCAAUCAGCCUGUCAGCACCGCCCAGCCAAUUGCAGCAUUAUGGCCAACAUGAAGAACCUCUGACUUCAGACCGGUUAAAGACAAAUUGUCACUUUCCAUUCCAAGUCAUCCUGUUAAAUCCUAGUUUUAAAUCUUUCAGUGAUUGCAGUGCUGUUAUUACUAGCAAAAUGAUAUUCAUCGUCUCAGAGCUUUGCACAAUUUCAUAUAAUAUGGGCCAAAGGACCUUGGGUAAAAGUGGGGAAACAUUGGGGAAUUUCCAACUUCCUUGUGCUGACUAUACAGAUACUCUCAGCCAUCUAGCUGUCAUAUUCCUUAUGGGGAAAGUGGGAAAUGUUAGCCAGGUGAUUACAGUGGCUCAGCAGCACUAACAAAUUAGAACAGAGUGUGACCAUGUGUAGAUUUUGAGUGACCUGGUCACAGAAAUGCAAAGCAGGAGCUUUACUUUAAUAGAAUGUACACACCAGUAGAGCAGGGUGGUUUUCUUAUGUUCUUUGUUAUGUGACAAACUAGGACAAUGUAUCUUCUAGUAAAGGGUUAAAUCCUAUUUUUUUAAUAUAAAAAACAUGACUUAGCCAAGCUAACAUAAUAUGAAGAUCUGCCUAGAGAGUGCGUAGUUAGUGUGUUAGCUUUUUGUUACUAUGACAGAUAAUUAAGAGAAAUUAUUGAAAAUGGUGAAAGAUAUAUUUUGGCUUAUGAUUUCAGUGUGUAUAGUCCAGGGGUUAGCUGGUUCUGUUGUUUCUGGACCUGUGGUGAAUCAUAACACAAUGGUAGUCAAGAAGUAGAGGAAGAGACGGGUCCUAAUAUACCUAGAACCUACAUGGUAAAAGAAAACAAGUUGUCCUCUGAUCUCCACUCACAUGCUAUGGUAUACGCACAUACACACACACAUAUAAAUAAAAAUAUUAAAGACACACAUUCAACUGCCUACUUCCUCCAGUGAGGCUCCACUGACAGUUCGUAUCACUUCCUAAUAAUUCCACCAAACUGCAAAACCCAGUGUACUGAUUAAGUCAGAAUGCUUGUGAUUCAGUGCCCAUCAGUGAUUGGCUCCAUCCGCUGGGAACGAAGCCUUCAACACAUGAGACUUUGGAGGGGAAACUAUAAUAUCUAGACUAUGACAAUUGAGCUUGUCCAGUUUGACGUUCUCAGUCCUAAAGUUCUAUGCAAUUUCUAUUGGUAUGAAUGACACUUAGAUUCUUCAGCACUUGCCUCCCCGAUGCCUGCAUUUAGUCAAGAGUGCAGUGAUACUAAGAAGCGAGUUCCAUGAAAAUGAAGCAGGAAGUCUACACCAGGCAGUUGGUAGCUUCUGCCCACACUGGGAGAAGCUGGGAGAGGAAUUAGGGACUAACACCUCAAGUGGACAAUGCUGCUAAACCCGUUGGUUUCUC